AUGGCCGCUGCCCCCUUGACACUCGCCGCUCCCGCCGUCGCCGGCGCUCUCGCCUACGUCAAUGCAAAAGCAUCCCUCUGGCACGACCUUCUCAUCGCCAAGGGUAUGUUCCAUGGCUUCCUCACCACCACAUACCGGCAACGAGCGCAGCGCCUCAACCUCUUCAGCGACCUGGGGUACUGGGCCACCCGGCCCGACCACGCAGACCUGCCCAUCCUGCUGCAGCCCCAGGGCAGGACCUGGACGUACGCGCAGCUGUACGACGCCGCCCUUCGCUAUGGUUACUGGUUGAAAGCAGAGCUAGGUGUCAAGCCCAAGCAAGUCGUCGCGAUGUACUACACGACCUCGGACAUGUUCAUCGUGACGUGGAUGGCGCUCUGGAGCAUCGGAGCCACGCCCGCGUUCAUUAACCACUUUCUCACCGGAAAGGGUCUCGCGCACUGCCUGAAUGUAUCGGGAGCCGCGGUAUGUCUGGUCGAACCGGCGUUGGCAGCUCAGGUCCAGGAGGUCGAAGCGGACAUUUCCCCGAUGAGGGUCGCCGUGGUGACGCCUGAAGUACAGAAACUGGCUUUCAGUAGUCCAGCUGUGCGCUACUCUGACGAGAUUCGAAAAUUUGAGAGCAAAAGUGAUGUUGCGCUUCUAAUCUACACGUCGGGCACCACCGGCUUCCCAAAAGCCGCCGUCAUGUCCUGGGCGAGGGUGAUAUGGUUCUGCGCCAUGACCGGCAACUGUCUCGGUCUUGGCAAAGGCCACACUAUAUUCUCAGCCAUGCCUUUUUACCAUGGCAUGGCCUCUCUCAUCGGCUUCGCCUCGACGCUCUUGGCAGGCGGCACCCUCGCCUUCACCCCCAAGUUCUCCAAGGCCACGUUCUGGAGAGACGUUCGCGAAACCAACGCAGACACCAUCAUCUACGUCGGCGAAGCGCUCCGCUACCUGCUCGACGCGCCCACCGAGCAUGACCCGGUCACGGGGGAAAACCUCGACAAGAAGCACAGAGUCAAGACUGUGUACGGUGCCGGACUGCGCGCGGACGUCUGGCCCAAGUUCAAAGAGCGCUUCGGCAUCGACACCAUCAUCGAGUUCUACGCUGCCACCGAGGGUGUCGCGGGGACGUGGAACAUCAGCCGCAACGCGCUGUCCGAGGCCGCCGUCGCGCGCGUCGGCUGGCUCUUCCGCACGCUCUUCUUCAACCGUAAGUCCGCCAUCGUCCUCGUCGACCCGGACACCGACGACCCGCUGCGCGAUAAAAACGGCUUCUGCAUCAAGGCCAAACCCGGCGAGACCGGCGAGCUGCUCUUCAAGCUCCCCGCCGGCGACGUCGCGUCCGUCUUCCAGGGGUACUACAAGAACCCCGCGGCCACCGAGGGCAAGAUUCUCCGCGACGUGCUCGUCCCCGGCGACGCUUGGUUCCGCAGCGGCGACGCCCUCCGCUGGGCACCCGGCGGGGAGCUCCUCUUCUUCCGCGACCGCCUCGGCGACACGUUCCGCUGGAAGGGCGAGAACGUGUCCACCGUGGAGGUCGGCGACGCCGUCUGCAUGCACCCGUGCGUCGCCGAGGCCAACGUCUACGGCGUCGCGCUGCCGCACCACGAUGGCCGCGCCGGCUGCGCGGCGACUUCGUUCCGCAGCGGCGAGGCGCCGACAGAGGAGGAGCUCCGGAGCCUGGCGGAGCACUUGCGGAAGGGCCUGCCGCGGUACGCGGUGCCACUGUUCCUGCGGCUGGUGAAGGAGGGCGGCCACGAAGUGACCACGACGGGCACGCACAAGCAGCAAAAGGUGGCGCUGCGGAGGGCCGGCGUCAACCCGGUGGGUGAAGGUGGUGAGGAUGUCAAGCUGUACUGGCUAAAGGGCGACACGUACGUGCCGUUUGGGAAGGAGGAGUGGCAGCGGAUGCAGACUGGCAAGGUGAAGCUGUAG